AAAAACCAAAACAAUGACAGAAUAGAAAGGUAAGCCCUUAAGCCUUCUCUUCUUCCGUUUCAUUUCAACCCAUCCCAAUUUCUCUUCAAUUCUCCCUCCUCUCUUUACCCCAUUUCAGCUUCUUCCUUAUGGAACCCUUCAAUCUCUGCAUAUUCCCAAUGUCAUCUCUUUUUCUUCCCCUAUAGCACUUCCUUCAUUUCUUUACUUCAGCUCUCAUUGGUCCUGUUGCGGUCAACGGGGCUCCCUUACGUUUUCAGCAGCUUCCUCGAAGCUUCCCUCAUAAUCGUUUGGUUAACGAGGGCGGAGCUCUGGUUCGAGGAUUCUGCUGGGCUUUGAUUGAUCUCUUUGCGCUCCCCCUCCUUCCAAAUCCCUCUGCCUCGUUAUGUGAAUUUGUUUCUAGUGUAGAUUUUAGUGCCUGAUUUUGGUCUGCCUGAUGUUGGGGAUGUUGCCUUCUUCGUCUUCUCUGUGGAUCAUUUUGACGCUCGGUUUUGUUUCGCUGCUCUCUGCUAAUACCGAAGGGGAUGCUUUGAAUGCAUUGAAGUCAAAUUUACAAGAUCCUAACGGUGUACUGCAGAGUUGGGAUCCUACGCUUGUUAAUCCCUGCACAUGGUUCCAUGUUACCUGUGACAGUGAUAAUAGUGUCACUCGAGUUGAUCUUGGAAAUGCAAAUCUAUCUGGCACGUUAGUUCCACAACUUGGUGAUCUUCCGAGUUUGCAAUAUUUGGAACUAUAUAGUAACAAUAUUAGUGGAGAAAUUCCGCGAGAAAUUGGGCUUUUGACAAACUUGGUGAGCUUGGACCUUUACUUGAACAAUUUAACUGGUCAAAUACCUGUCACACUUGGGGAGCUUGGAAAACUGCGUUUCCUGCGUCUUAACAACAACAGCUUAACGGGAACCAUUCCAAUGUCAUUAACUAAUGUUAAAUCCUUGCAAGUCCUGGAUCUCUCAUACAACCAGCUAACUGGAGAUAUUCCGGUCAAUGGUUCUUUUUCUCUUUUUACCCCUAUCAGUUUUGCUCAUAAUCUUCUUAAUGAAUCGACUGCACGUACACCACCACCUCCUUUACCUUCUUCACCAAGCCCUUCAUCAGGCAAUAGUGCCACUGGAGCUAUUGCUGGUGGAGUUGCUGCUGCUGCUGCUUUACUGUUUGCUGCACCAGCUGUUGCGGUUGCUCUGUGGCGUCGGAAGAAACCACAAGAUCAUUUCUUUGAUGUACCUGCCGAAGAGGAUCCGGAAGUUCAUCUUGGUCAGCUCAAGAGGUUCUCUCUUCGUGAACUACAAGUUGCAACAGAUCAUUUUAGCAACAAACAUAUUCUUGGUAGGGGUGGUUUUGGCAAGGUCUAUAAGGGACGGCUGGCUGAUGGAUCUCUAGUGGCAGUUAAAAGACUUAAAGAGGAACGUUCACAGGGUGGGGAGCUGCAAUUCCAAACAGAAGUAGAGAUGAUCAGUAUGGCUGUGCAUCGUAAUCUGCUCCGCCUACGUGGCUUUUGUAUGACACCCACUGAACGGUUGCUGGUCUACCCAUAUAUGGUUAAUGGAAGUGUAGCAUCGUGUUUACGAGAACGUGGAGAUUCACAGCCUCCACUUAAUUGGUUGAAUCGAAAACGCAUUGCUUUGGGAUCGGCAAGGGGGCUUGCUUAUCUACAUGAUCAUUGUGAUCCUAAGAUUAUUCAUCGCGAUGUGAAAGCUGCAAAUAUUUUGCUUGACGAGGAGUAUGAAGCCGUUGUUGGUGAUUUUGGGUUGGCUAAACUCAUGGACUACAAAGAUACUCAUGUCACAACUGCUGUACGAGGAACAAUUGGGCAUAUAGCGCCCGAGUACCUUUCGACAGGAAAAUCUUCUGAAAAGACCGAUGUUUUUGGGUAUGGGGUCAUGCUUCUUGAACUCAUAACUGGACAGAGAGCCUUCGAUCUUGCCCGGCUUGCAAAUGAUGAUGAUGUCAUGCUUCUUGAUUGGGUGAAAGGACUUCUGAAAGACAAGAGGUUGGAAACACUAGUUGAUCCCGACCUUGCGGGAAAAUAUCCCGACGACGAAGUCGAGCAGCUUAUACAAGUUGCAUUGUUGUGCACACAAGGAACUCCUACAGAGCGGCCUAAGAUGUCAGAGGUCGUACGGAUGCUCGAGGGCGAUGGUUUAGCUGAAAGAUGGGAAGAAUGGCAGAAAGAGGAGCGGUUUCAUCAAGAUGUAAGCCGCAAUCCCCACCCGAGUGCAACGUGGAUUCUCGACUCUACUGCUGAAAUUCCUCCCGAUGAAUUGUCCGGUCCAAGAUGAUUUCUGGAAGCCCCCCUCCUGUAAGUUAAAAGUGAUAUAUGUGUAUAUCUAUCAUACACACACAUAUAUCACAUUUGUGCAUAUAGUUUUCAUUUUUUUUUUUCUGGAAAAAAAUAAUUUUAUCAUAAUCUUCUUCCCUGUUCAUCUUGUAUCACAUAUCUGAGUUUAAGCAAAAUUUGUAGAGGGGUUGCUAAUCAAAAUUACCAACAAACCAACAAGGUUGCACAAUGCAGGAGAGAUAAUAGGUUGCCACUCUCCUCCCUCCUUCAAACAACUCUUUUAAUUUUUAAGAAUUCAGUUCAUUUUUCAAAUUUGAUCUCAUAAAGUGAUGCUGCAUAAAUCUAUUGGCAUCCCUUCCUUCUCUACUGAUAAAUUUAUAUUGCAUCACUUUGAUGGAUUGAAUUUGAUGAAUCAUUGAAUUCUCACAAUUUAUUCUCUCAGGAUUAGAUUUUGUCAUACAAGAACAGUGUUUGUAUCUUGAUUUCUGGAGAUCCCAGAGUACAUAUUCUUAUAUUCAUCAAGUCGUUUGCCCUU